GAGAGAGAGAGAGAGAGAGAGAGAGAGAGCCCUUAGCUGAAAAAAAUGAAUACUUGUGUUUGUGUUUGAAUUCUUGAGCUGUUUAAUUAACAGAGAUUUUGAGUUAAUUUUUUGAGGGGUUUGUUUCAGAGUUUGUGAUGGGGAUUUGCUGGAGCAACCAGAUUAAGGCUGAGAGUAAUUUUCUUAGUGGCACAGAUGUAGGUGCUACUUCAUCGAAAAUGGUGAGUGGAGAUGGGACCGAGUUAAGUAACUCUAGCAGCAAAACUUCUUCAGCAUCUAUACCUCCAACUCCUCGAAGCGAAGGCGAAAUAUUGAAUUCAUCAAACAUGAAAAGCUUCCAACUUUUUGAUCUUAAGGCAGCCACUAGAAACUUCCGUCCGGACAGUGUAAUAGGCGAAGGUGGUUUCGGUUCCGUUUUCAAGGGAUGGAUCGACGAGCAUUCACUCGCUGCAUCAAGGGCUGGCUCUGGUAUUGUAAUUGCCGUUAAGAGGCUCAAUCAAGAUGGGUGGCAAGGUCACAAGGAGUGGUUGGCUGAAAUUAAUUAUUUGGGGCAGCUUAGACAUCCUAAUCUCGUAAAAUUGAUCGGUUACUGUCUAGAGGAUGACCAAAGGCUAUUGGUCUACGAGUUCAUGCCAAAGGGUAGCAUGGAGAAUCACCUAUUCAGAAGAGGUUCUUUCUUCCAGCCACUUUCGUGGGGACUACGGAUGAAGAUUGCUCUUGGUGCUGCUAGAGGUCUUGCAUUUCUUCAUAGUGACGAAGCUAAAGUAAUCUAUCGGGACUUCAAGACUUCUAAUAUUCUGCUCGAUUCGAAUUACAACGCAAAACUUUCCGAUUUUGGAUUGGCUAGAGACGGGCCCACUGGCGAUAAGAGUCAUGUCUCGACUAGAGUCAUGGGAACUCACGGAUAUGCUGCACCGGAGUAUCUAUCCACAGGUCAUUUAACUGCAAAGAGCGACGUGUACAGCUUCGGCGUAGUACUUGUGGAGAUAUUAUGUGGUAAGAAAGCAAUAGACAAGAAUCGACCACCGGGCGAACAUAACUUGGUGGAGUGGGCAAAGCCUUAUUUGACCAAUAAACGGAGGAUUCUUCGAGUUUUGGAUAAUCGUUUAGAAGGACAGUAUUCAUUGGCUCAUGCUGUGAAGGCAGCUCAGCUCGCUCUUCAGUGCUUAUCCACAGAAGCCAGAUCGAGGCCUAGUAUGGAUGAAGUGGUAACAGCUUUAGAGCAACUUCAAGACUCGAAUACUAAUAUUCAAAAGAAUCAUCGGUUGAAUAGACACGGUAAAACGAAUAGCGGGCCUAAUUCCGAGCCCAAGUCCCAUAGAAGAAAUGCGCAAGAAACACAUAAAGUACAGGCUUACCCUAGACCAAAGUUGGUGUAGUGGUAAGAAUUCUAUUUGUGAAGAUGUUCGAUUGCUUGUUGUUUGUCUUGAAAAUUCUUGUUAAUUGUAGCUAAGAAACUUGGUUAUGAUAAUAUUUGUUACUUAAGCUUGUUUAUUCAUUAUUUGCAUUUGU